GUAAGCAGCAAGAUUUACUUAAAAUUGUAUAUAUAUUUUUUUCAACUUUUCAUACAUUUGCAAGCUGAAGUUGUCUGAUAAUUUGUAUUUGCCUUGUUUUACGAUUCAUCCUUUGAUGGGGGAGGAGCAGAGCCAAAGCCUUGAUGAGAUUUUCGAUAUGGACAGAAUUGUAUGGCAAGAGGUGGUGAAUCAAGUUAAUUGCCCAUUAUUAUCAACUGAUAUGGAUAUCCCAGAACGUCGACGUCAACUUCAAAGGGCUCUCAAUCAUAUGACACCCUGGAAUAAUCGUAGCGUUCCAUUAUCAAAUCCACGCAAUGCCCAGACCAAUGAGCAUUCCCUUCAACGGCGACGCAGCCAAAUACGUCGAGCUAUAUAUUUUAUGAGGCAAGAGAUUGAUCCUGAAACAGAAAAUAAUAAUAGAAACAAUGUUCAUCUUAGUCCAUGUAGAACACUUAAUCCUUAUAGAUCCACAGUCAGAGUUUGCAUUGGCACAGAAACUUUUUGGUGUAUUCCCUCACUUUUACAGCUGCAUUCUAAGUUUUUUAAACAACAUUUUCGCAGAGUAAAUCGUUUUCGCGAAGGCGCUGAUCUUACGGCCAUGGGCUUUCGAAUCGCCUACGACUGGAUGAAAAGUCAGGAGGCCUUAGACAAGCAGAUGAAGCCAGAUCUAAUCAUGCUCCUUAUCCAUACAGCCAUGCAAUUGGAAAUGGAAUUGCUUGAGAUGUUGUGCUAUCAACUCCUUUGCUCAUCUCAUUUCCAUGAGAAGAUCGCCUUUGAUGUCUAUCUAGCUGCUUUGAAGUAUCCGAAACUUGAAGGUCUGCGUAAGUUGAUGCUUCAGCGGAUUGGUGUACACUUUUUGGCCAUUGUCGGUGGUCAAGAAUUUCUGCAAAUGCCAUUGGAAGAUGUGAUGAGCAUGUUGCAGCAGAAUAAUUUGGGUGUCAAUUCUGAAUUAGAGGUCUUGCUGAGUGUUAUAAAAUGGCUAGCGCAUCGUCCGGCGGAUAUACCCAAGGCGAUGCCACAAAUCAUUGAUUGCGUUCGGUUUACCCUAUUGCCAUUGUCCGUUCUGCACAAAUUGUGGCUUGGAAUUGUGGUAAUCAAUUAUCCCUUGGAUCGCAAUGAAGCUUUGGGGAACGCUUUUCGUAAUGAUAUUAAAUUGCAGGAGAGGAUCAGUAAUGCCAUAGCUGUAUCACAGCUACGAUUGCUUUAUCAAACUCGUCAAGAAUUUGUCGAAUGUUGUCGGUCUAAGGAUAUUGCCGUAGAGGGUCCCAGAGAAUGGCUGUACGAUGAACACUGUACGUAUCAUUUGGCAGAGCCAAAGGCUCCAUAUAAUCAUUUAAUCAGUGGCCCGGCAAUACUGCUCUAUGCCUCGCAACGGGCUGAGGGCUUGAUAGAACCAUUGCCAAGACGUUCCAUUCUGCCGACAAGCAAUGAUCUACAGACCAUUCCGGAGGUGCCAGAAGAAGAAUCUGAAUCGGAUUCUGAAAUUGAAUCUGACGGUGAACUAACAACGUAUUCAAGUUCCGAUGAUAGCGUAAGUAGUGAUCAAGCACAACGGGAAUUGGCAAAUUCGAUUCGCAAUACAAUAGAAAGGAGACGUCGUGCACGGCGACCAAUGAACUCGGUUAGGUUUCAUUACUCUGAUCCAGAACUCUCCUCGGACAAUAUGUCCAGCGAUGAUGAAAUAUCAGAGAUUCGGAAUUACGCCGAUUCGCUAAUGGCUCAUAGUGCCAACGAGUCGCUAUUCGCUGGAAAUGCCAACGAUUCACUAUUCGGUGGAAAUGCCAACAAUUCGCCAUUCGGUCGAGGAUCGAACUAUUCGCUAUUAGGUCGAAACGGCAACGAUUCGCUAUUCGGUGGAAAUGCCAACGAUUCGCUAUUCGGUGGAAAUGACAACGAUUCGCUAUUCGGUGGAAAUGACAACGAUUCGCUAUUAAGUCGAAGCGCCACUUUUUCAAACUGGUCCCAACCUGUGGAACCAUCGUUUCGUCGUUGGUUUGGCCCACAGGCGGUAGGACAACGAUACGUGACCCCUCAAAGGGUAAGGUUUGGCGUCGAUAUGCUGCGUGGCCGUAUGCGACAUAAUGCCACCAAUUCGUUCGUGCUUCGUCGAAGCACCACUACAUCAGGGAGGUCUCCAACCGCGGAACCAACGUUCCGUCGCUGGUUUGGUCCACAGACGAUAGAACAUCAGCCAUACCCGACCAGGGAAAGGUUAAGGUUUGGCGUCGAUAUGUCUGGCGGCCGUAUGGGACGUAACCCCAACGAUUCGCAAUUUGGUCAAAGAGCCAACAAUUCGUUAUUCGGUCGAAGCAGCACUACAUCAGGGAGGUUCCCAAACGCUGAACCAUCGUUCAGUCGUUGGUUUUGUCCUGAGACGGCAGAACAACGAAACGAGAACCCUGAAGACGAUAUGUUUGACGACGAGAUGUCUGAAGAUUAUCUGGAAGGUAUGCGAUUUUUGGUUGGUUCAGACAACGAAUCUGAAACAGAAGAAGUGCCGCUCGAGAAUCAAGUAACACCCAUGGAGAAUUUUGUCCAGAAUAAUAAACUAAUAAUCCAAAAGUUGAGAGAGCAGUUGGGCAUGAAAUCAGCCUCUUAAUAUUUAUGGAGAGAUUUAUAUAUCCCUUUAAAUUGCAGUUAGCAAGUAACAAUUCAUAUUUCGAAUUACAUACAUGCGUUACAAAAUUGUGAAUUAAACAUUAGUUUGGAAAAAAAAAAAC